AUGGACAAUCAGACCCAAGUCUCCGAAUUCAUCCUCCUCGGCCUUUCCCAGCAGCCCCUGCAGCAGCAGGCACUCUUCAGCCUGUCCUGCAGCCUGUAUCUGAUUGGGUGCCUGGGGAACCUGCUCACCAUCCUGGCCAUCAUCUCGGACCCUUAUCUCCACAGCCCCAUGUACUUCUUCCUCAGCAACUUGUCUCUCCUUGACAUUUGCUUUACCUCCACCACCAUCCCCAAGAUGCUGCUGAACCACCUCUGUGGGAACACCACCAUCUCCUUCGCCGCUUGCCUGGUCCAGAUGUAUUUCUUCAUCGCAUUUGGGGGCGCAGACAGCUUCCUUCUCUUGGCCAUGGCUUACGACCGCUACCUGGCCAUUUGCUGCCCUCUGCACUACAUGACAAUCAUGAGUGUCCUUCGGUGUGCCUUGCUGGUGGUGGUACUCUGGGUCUUGGCCAACCUCAUCUCCAUGGCCCACACUAUUCUGAUGACCCACUUGUCCUUUUGCACCAAUAGGAUCCCACACUUCUUCUGCGAUCUCAACACCUUAAUCAAGCUCUCUUGCUCUGACACGCAAGUCAACGAGAUGCUGGUGUUGGUGCUCGGGGGCUCAGUGGUUCUGGUCCCUUUUGUGUGUAUCAUUGCCUCUUAUACACCUAUUGCUGUGGCUGUGUGGAAGGUGCCCUCCACCCGGGGGAAGUGGAAAGCGUUCUCCACCUGUGGCUCUCACCUUUGUGUCGUCUUUCUCUUCUAUGGGACUGUCAUUGGGGUCUACUUCAACCCCACAUCCACAAACACCACCCAGACAGACAUGGAAGCCUCCAUAAUAUACACCAUGGUGACCCCCAUGCUGAACCCCUUCAUCUACAGCCUACGGAGCCGAGAGCUGAAGAGGGCCCUCAGGAAACUGCUCAGCAAGAACCACUUUGCUAAGUCUGUUUGA